AGCAAGAAUAUGCAAAUUAAAAGUCGCUUUCACUGAUUUAAUUCACAAACAAUUUCCAUCUCACUUACAACAGCUGCAGAUUUUAAGGUGGCUUCACUGGCUGUCACAAAAUUUGUUUAAAAAUCCGGAAGUGACAUACAAACAAAACCACUUCAAACAAAUAUUCCCCGUGAAAGAAUCUCGAACUUUUGUAUUGUAUAAUUCCCUCCCCAUGACCCAGCCUCAUACCACCCCUUCGUUUGCUUUCAAAAAGCAACCAAUGUCUUCGGCACGCAAGAAGAUGACCAGUAAAUUCGAACUGACUGAGGAGCAAAAGCACGACAUUAAAGAAGCCUUUGAUUUGUUUGAUACCGACGGGACGGGGAAGAUUGAUGCUAAAGAUUUAAAGGUCGCAAUAAGAGCGCUAGGUUUUGAGCCAAAGAAAGAGGAAAUUAAGAAGAUGAUAGCCGACGUAGACGUUAAGGGCACGGGGAAAUUGUCCUUUGAUGAUUUUGUGCAACUGAUGACUUUAAAAAUGGCUGAGAAAGAUUCAAAAGAGGAGAUUAUGAAAGCGUUUCGGUUGUUUGAUGAUGAUGAAACUGGAAAGAUUAGUUUUAAGAAUUUGAAACGGGUUGCUAAAGAGCUGGGGGAGAACCUCACUGAUGAGGAGUUACAAGAGAUGAUUGAUGAAGCUGAUCGAGAUGGCGAUGGUGAAAUAAAUCAGGAGGAAUUUUUAAGAAUUAUGAAGAAAACUAGUUUAUAUUGAGUGGUUUACACAUUCCAUUUAUGGGUUUUUGUCUCACUUUUGAGCACUGCUUGUGUGUGAUUUGUUGUUGAAAGAAUAUGUAAGUGUUGCACAAUCAAUUUAUUUUAAUGCAAACAACAUAUAAAAAUAUAAAAAUUUGUAUAUAUUUUUAAUCGAGUAAUGGCAUUCCUUUUAAAUACAAAUUAAGCCAGAG